UUUCAUUCUCGUCUCAAAAAUUGGAAAUAGUGGCAGACUGGCAGCAGACCAACUCUAACUGUGUUCUCCAAUUUAAAAGCAGAGAGCCCAGUUAGAGCGGGAGUGGACAGCUGAGAAAAUGGAAGUGGACGACUGGGACUUAACCGCUGAAGAAUUGGAUUCUCUUGAAAGAGACGCUCUUCAACAGAUUGCUCAACGCGAUAACUCUUCUUCUACUUCUCUUAACAGUAAUAAUCAAAACCCACAAACAACACAUCCUCUACAUUCUCAUCCUUCUUUUUCUUUUACCAAUAAUCAGCCUUCUAUAACUUCUACCAAUAAACCCAUCUCUGAUUCUCGUUCUAACAAGUUAGAAGCUUUGCCUCCGGGGUCCAGAGUAUUACCCACAUCAGUUGCACCGAGUGUGAACUCUGGUGAAUUCUCAAAGGAACAACCACCGAAAUUAUCUGUCAAAUUACUGCUUCAUGCCAGCGGGAAUGUUGCUGCAAAGUUUCCAUAUGACCCAGUACUAGUAGGUGCUUUCCGUAAGAUCCCUAAAGCCACAUGGAAUGCUAAAGAGAGAAUUUGGAUGUUUCCAAUAUCUUCUUUGUCAUCAGCUGAGACAAUUCUGAGUGAAAUAUCUGGUUAUAAAGUUGAGGUAGAGAACUUAGAUUCCUUGGUUCGACGUGCUAUUGCUGCUGCCUCAGUCACUUCUGAUCUUCAAGAAAAAUAUGACCAGAUACCUAGCCAUAUUGAAUCAAAGCUUCUGCCCUUUCAGCGGGAUGGUGUUAGGUUUGCAUUGAAGCAUGGGGGCCGUGUUCUCCUAGCUGAUGAAAUGGGAUUAGGAAAGACCAUACAGGCUAUUGCCAUAGCUACAUGUGUUCGUGAUUUUUGGCCUGUUCUUAUACUUGCUCCAUCUUCAUUACGUUUGCAUUGGGCUUCAAUGAUUCAACAAUGGCUGGAUGUCCCAUCAUCAGAUAUAGUUGUUGUUUUAUCUCAAUUGGGUGGUUCAAAUAGAAGUGGUUUCACUAUUGUAUCCUCAAGCACCAAGAGCACUGUUCAUCUUGAUGGCUUAUUUAAUAUCAUCUCCUAUGAUGUGGUUCCUAAGUUGCAGAAUGUACUAAUUGCAACUGAUUUUAAGGUUGUGAUUGCGGACGAGUCACAUUUCCUAAAAAAUGCUCAAGCAAAGAGGACAACAGCUGCCCUUCCGAUUAUAAAGAAAGCUCAAUAUGCAAUACUGCUUAGUGGAACUCCUGCUUUGUCCCGACCAAUUGAACUAUUCAAGCAGCUAGAAGCCUUGUAUCCUGAUGUAUAUAAAAAUGUUCAUGAGUAUGGUAACCGAUAUUGCAAGGGUGGAAUAUUUGGAAUGUAUCAAGGCGCUAGUAACCAUGAAGAAUUGCACAAUUUGAUGAAGGCGACUGUGAUGAUUCGCAGACUUAAAAAAGAUGUCCUUUCUGAGCUACCUGUAAAGCGUAGGCAGCAGGUCUUCCUGGAUUUGGCUGAGAAGGAUAUGAAACCAAUAAAUGCCUUAUUUCGUGAGUUGGAGGUGAUAAAGGGCAAAAUUAAGGCCUGCAAAUCAGAAGGGGAGAUUCAAACACUCAAGUUUUCUGAGAAGAAUCUGAUCAAUAAGAUAUACACUGAUUCUGCUGAAGCCAAGAUCCCAGCAGUACUAGAUUAUCUGGAAACCAUCAUCGAGGCUGGCUGCAAGUUUCUAAUAUUUGCACACCAUCUGUCUAUGCUUGAUUCAAUACACAAUUUUCUUCUUAAGAAGAAAGUUCGUUGCAUUCGGAUUGAUGGAAGUACCCCUGCUGCCUCUAGGCUAGCUUUGGUUACUGAUUUCCAGGAUAAAGAUGAUAUCAAAGCAGCAGUACUAUCGAUCAAAGCCGGAGGCGUGGGGUUGACUUUAACGGCUGCAAGCACUGUUAUAUUUGCAGAGUUGUCAUGGACCCCGGGUGACCUGAUUCAAGCUGAAGAUCGUGCUCAUAGGAUUGGCCAGGUUUCUUCAGUAAAUAUAUACUACUUGCUGGCAAAUGACACAGUUGAUGACAUUAUUUGGGAUGUUGUACAGAGCAAGUUGGAAAAUUUGGGACAGAUGCUUGAUGGCCAUGAGAAUGUAUUGGAAGUUUCUGCCAGCCAAUUGAAGAGCAGCCCUGCAAAGCAGAAAACACUAGACUCUUUCUUGAAGCGCUGUAACAGUGUGGGUGACUCUGAACAUGAGUCGAAGCCUAAAUAUCAAAGGCACUGAACCCCCACAAUCUACAAAAUGACAUCUAUAGCUGCGCAUGUACAGGAAUAUUUAAAUUUUGUCUUCUUGAUAUGCUAAAAGCACAUUGAUCAGUACUCCAAACCCCAUGAGGAACAAUGUGCAUUUGUUGUAAUAUUAUAGAAUACAGGUUUGUA